ACCUGGCCCCGCCCGUCUCCCGCCGCGGCGCCCGGACGCGCGCACAGCCCGCCCCGCCGCCGAGCGCGGCCGCGCGCCCAGGCAUGACUUCUGCCUUCACGCUGGGUUUCCUCCCGGACAGGAUGGUCGAGAGCCGCCUGCUCGCGCCCGACAGGAUUAACGGCACCGCCAGCAAGAUGAACGGAGCCCUGGACCACUCGGACCAGCCGGACCCGGAUGCCAUUAAGAUGUUCGUCGGACAGAUCCCCCGCUCGUGGUCCGAAAAGGAGCUGAAAGAACUUUUUGAGCCUUAUGGAGCCGUCUACCAGAUCAACGUCCUCCGGGACCGGAGUCAGAACCCCCCCCAGAGUAAAGGUUGUUGUUUCGUAACAUUUUAUACAAGAAAAGCUGCACUUGAGGCCCAGAAUGCACUGCACAAUAUUAAAACUUUACCUGGGAUGCAUCAUCCCAUUCAGAUGAAACCUGCCGAUAGUGAAAAGUCAAACGCCGUGGAAGACAGAAAAUUGUUCAUAGGAAUGGUUUCGAAGAAAUGUAACGAGAAUGAUAUCAGGGUGAUGUUUUCUCCGUUCGGCCAGAUAGAAGAAUGCCGGAUUCUCCGGGGGCCCGACGGCCUGAGUCGAGGCUGUGCGUUUGUCACAUUUUCUACAAGGGCAAUGGCACAGAAUGCAAUCAAAGCCAUGCAUCAGUCUCAGACCAUGGAGGGCUGCUCCUCGCCCAUCGUGGUGAAGUUCGCGGACACCCAGAAGGACAAGGAGCAAAGGCGUCUGCAGCAGCAGCUCGCCCAGCAGAUGCAGCAGCUCAACACGGCCACCUGGGGAAACCUGACGGGCCUGGGUGGGCUCACCCCACAGUACCUGGCGCUCCUGCAGCAAGCCACCUCCUCCAGCAACCUGGGCGCAUUCAGUGGCAUCCAGCAGAUGGCGGGAAUGAACGCUUUACAGUUACAGAAUCUGGCCACGCUGGCAGCCGCCGCGGCCGCGGCCCAGACCUCAGCCACCAGCACCAGUGCAAACCCCCUGUCCACCACAAGCAGCGCCCUGGGGGCCCUCACGAGUCCCGUGGCUGCUUCAACACCCAGCUCCACUGCGGGUGCUGCCAUGAACUCCUUGACCUCCCUGGGGACGCUGCAAGGCCUGGCAGGGGCCACCGUGGGGCUGAACAACAUUAAUGCACUAGCAGGUACAAUCAACAUUGCUCAAAUGCUCUCAGGUAUGGCAGCUCUGAACGGAGGACUUGGCGCCACGGGCUUGACCAACGGCACGGCGGGCACCAUGGACGCCCUCACCCAGGCCUACUCAGGAAUACAGCAGUACGCGGCCGCCGCCUUGCCCACACUCUACAGCCAGAGCCUGCUGCAGCAGCAGAGCGCGGCGGGCAGCCAGAAGGAAGGUCCAGAGGGGGCAAACCUCUUUAUUUACCACCUUCCACAGGAAUUUGGAGACCAGGACAUUCUGCAGAUGUUCAUGCCUUUUGGAAAUGUUAUCUCUGCUAAAGUCUUCAUUGACAAACAGACCAAUCUGAGCAAGUGCUUUGGUUUCGUGAGCUAUGACAAUCCCGUGUCUGCGCAAGCGGCCAUUCAGGCCAUGAAUGGCUUCCAGAUUGGCAUGAAACGCUUGAAGGUCCAGCUGAAGCGCUCCAAAAACGACAGCAAACCGUACUGAUCCUCGCCCCAGAGGCUCCCUGCUCUUGUUUUAAGCUUUCUUAGGACAUCUUCAUACCCGUUAGUUCAUCGUUUGCCUAGCAUGUCCCUGUGGCGUCUCAAAAAAAAAAGUUUCAUCGUCCCAUCAUUGUUUCUGCUGUCUUUCUGACCUCACAUCAUAUUUGGUUCUCCUACUGACCUUUGAUCUAGUUUGACCUCUGAAAUUUGCAUGUGACCUCAUCUAGCUAUGAAUUCUGGGAAGUCAAUGUGAAAAACAUUGCUACAUUCAUGCAAGACUGAAAUUUAUUAUUAGACAAACUAAUUCUAGAAGAAGAAAAAAAAAACCUGUGGCAAAAACGUUUCUUUCUUAUUCUUUUUUUUUUUUUUUUUUUUUUUUCUUUUCAUAAAACAGACUUGAAAGUAUUAUACAGGGAUUGGCUUUCGUCCUUGUCACUGGUAACAAUAGCAAUAUGUAUCCAGGGACACAGAAUGUUGGUUGCUAACAGACUACUUCCAAAAAGUUUGAGAAAAAAAAAAAAAACUGUCUGAUUUUAAGUCUCUAGAGGUCUGUAAUAGUUUUUACAUUUUUCAGGCAGUGUAAAGUUUUUUGAUAAGGCCAUUUUAGGUGGCUCACUUUCUCAUUAAGAUAUAUAUAUAGAACCACUUUUUGUAGAUUAGUAUAAGAAAAUAUUUACCCUGUUUUGGGGCAAAUGCUACCUAUUUGUGUCACCUUUUGCUGAACUGACUCACAGUUAGACAAUCCAUGGUUUAAUGCACAUGAAAUACCUAUAUUUUAUACUGUCUCAAUGUACAGAAGAAAGGUUACUGUAAAACUGUCACGUUGGUGCUUCCGUGAAUUCAGUUGUGGUUUCAUCAUGAGUCUUUAAUGUCCUUUGUCGAUAAGACAAGCUUAGAAUUGGUUUACUUCAACAAAACAAAAAAGAAUUUAAAAAAAAAGUUGUUUGCUUAAAAAAAAAAAAUUUCAUGUGAGGGGGGGAAAAAAAACAACCCUAUUCCAGAAUAAGUUUUUGUGUUGGCUUGUGAAGCAUUGAUGUCAUUUUUUUUUUAUUGUGGACUAUUUAGAUGUGUUUGUGUUCAGCAAAAUGUGAUCUGUUUUUUUUUUUCUUUUAAAGAAAAAAAAAGUGAAAAUAUAUAGUGCCAAAUUCCAAAGGUACUUUCUUCCUAGAGCUUCAGUGUGUUUCUUGUGAGAAGUAAUUUGAUAACAUGGGUAUUUUAUUAUGUGUUUUGUAUAAAUCCCUAAUAUUUAAAAAAUGAAAAACAAAAAAAGAGGUUACAAAGUUUGUUAACUUGCUAUCCUGUGGUCUUGUUGCCUGGAAUUGUUAUUGUUUGUUAUUUCUCUAUGAUGUUUUUUGUAAAACAUUGUACAAGUACCCAUGCCUCACUUUUUUAACCACUUUCGCAUCAAUUGCUUUGAAGGCAACCUCACAAUGUAUCUUCUUCAUGAUCUAUGGAAACCUCUAAGGUGAGAAAGUUUUGAACUUUUAACCCUUUCUACCCAGAGCUAUCUGGAACGUUGAUACCUUUUUAUACUGUCACUAUUUUAGUUUGUGUAUAUCUCCUGCACUUUGGGUUGUCCUUUGUUUUUACCACUUUGAGGUCCUAAUUCUUGGUUGAAAGGGAAAAAGAUAAACGUUAAUGCUCUCCAAUUUGUUUUUCCCCUACCUUUUUUUUUGGCUUUUGAUUAUUCGGAGUCAUUGGAAAAAAAAAAAAAGAAUUAUUCAUGUACUGCCAGAAGUCCUACUUCAGUUUUCAUUCAAAGCCAUUUAUGGGUUAAGCUCUCCAAGGGGGAAGGGUAGAAAUUCUUAAAUCUUUUUCAGAAAAUUCUAUUUGCUUUUGAGAUCAAAUUUACUGGUAUGUUCUAGUUCAGAAGAUUUUCAUAGACUUUUUGGUGGGGUGGUCUUUGGAGGGAUUGCACUUUUUUUUCCCCAAAUACUCCUGAAUAAUGUUUCUAAUCGGCCAUUGGCUGGGGAGUCUUUGAUCCCCAGUAGAUACCUCUGAAUAAGCACAGUAUCUGGGUGAGAAGCCGGUUCCCUGCUUUUUUUGGUUUGUUUCUUUUUAACGGGACGCAUUUCGGGGGGCUGACCCUCUAAGCAACCCAAUUCUUUGCCACAGUUUAUAACCAAACAUCCCACACCAGUUCCCGCUGCCACCUCCUAAAGUGCCACGUUAUGAUGACUCUCACUUCCCACGAGCAGAUGGCAGACCCUAGUGUCAUCAGCGGUGCAGCCACAAGCCAGCGCCAGCCCUCCUGGAAGCAGGCUGCUGGCCGCUCCUUUUCUCCAACACAGUUCAGAAACUGCCAGACCCCUUUCCUGCCCUCUUCCCCACUCACCACCCCGUUUGGUUAAGUAUGUGUGUGUUGGUGAUAGCCCUGGGGUGGAAAGGACGAGCCUCUAAUGAUGCAAAAAAAAAAAAAAAAAAGAAAAAAGAAAAGAAACAAAAACCCAGUUUCCUUCUUAUAGCACAUGCACUUCUAACGCAGGAUGAUUUGUAUUACCCCUCACACGUGUUUACCACUGCUGGGGCCUUCCUUUGCCCUCUGAGGGCUAUUUUGUACUUCCUACAGCAAACAGCCUAGAAGCAAAAGUGCCGGCACACGCCCCUCUCGUGGUGGCCACUGUACGUGGUGGUGUGGAGAAGGCACCUGCACAGACACACGAGAGAACACCCUUUGAGUUUCCUGUUCGAUACUCUCAGUCAGGAGCUCUCCAUGCAACAAUGAUGCAAAUCGCAAAAGAGAAUUUUCUGGUUUCUUCACUGAAGCCGAGUGCCCACCUCCUGCCCCUUUUUCCUAUUUCCUGCCCAUUUACGCUCUCCCCCGCCCCAAGGAAAUGGAGCACAGCUACAGGAGGUCCGUGUGGGCACCUCGAGUAGAGCCUUGCACAUUUUGCAGGCAAUCAGGCAGUUAGUUACUUGUAAGGGGAAGUCCAUUCCUUCUUUGCAUGUUUCAUUGUAAAAAGGUACCUCUUCUCAGAGACGAGUUGCCCUUUUGUUCAUUUUUUAAUAUCAAAAGGAAAAGUCUGCACAAGUGCGGAGGGCCUGUGCCAGAAGAAAAAACAAACACACAGGGAAAUUGCUUUUUUUUUAAAUCAAGCGUAGACAAUAGUUGUUUUUAAACUAAAUUAGAGAAUUGUGAUAAAAUGGCAGUCCUCAAAGGCGUAACAAGUUCAUCUUUCUUUCACCAUAGGGGUUAUAGUUCUUUGGCUUGUGCUACUCUGGAAUCAUUUUACUGUUUCUGUUUUUAUUAUCUUAAGUGCUAAUUAACAAGAAGAAAUAAACUUUUAAAAAAACCUGUAGUUUCAUUACCUUUUUGAAUAAUGUCAUACAAAAAAAAAAGUAUUUGUGUUUUUUGUGCUGUGAGAAUUGUUGUUUGUAGAUUAAUAAUAUCAUUUUGUUUAGAAUUACAAAAUAGUUUUUAAAUAUUGUCUGAGAAAAGCCAAAGUUAAUGCAACCUAGUGGAAACUGUAAGACCAUUUGAGUAUUGUUUCUCUUUUAUUGAUGCAUUUGGAUUUUGUUGUUUGAUGGAAUUUGAGCCAAAAAAAAAAAAACAUACGCAGGCUUUCCUAUUUCUACAACUGAUUGUACUUAUGCAUUUU